AUGGUUCAUCAGUAUGUGGAGAAACCUUCAGUGCAGAAGUUUCUUCAGGAAAAGGAAUGUUCAUGGCUUUUUAAUCCUCCACACGCUUCCCACUUCGGCGGAGUAUGGGAGCGUAUGAUCGGUGUGACCCGUAGAAUUUUAGAUGGUAUGCUUCUGCGAACUGGGAUGAAGAGCUUGACCCAUGAAACCUUAUCGACCUUUCUAUCAGAAGUCUCCGCUAUUGUUUAUUCAAGAACUCUUAUUCCCUUAUCGGAAGAUCCCAGCGAUCUGUCUAUACUGACACCAGCCAUGUUGCUCACUCACAAGACGGGACAACUACCGGAGUCAAUACCCUCGUUUCAUCCAAAGGAAUUGUACAAGUCCCAGUGGCGUUAUGUCCAAACACUUGCUGCAGAGUUUUGGCACAAAUGGGAGCGCGAUUACCUGUCUCUUCUCCAGCCUCGACGCAAAUGGACAUCUGAAGGACCCAGUUUAAAGGAGGGAGAUGUCGUCCUUUUGAAAGAUUCGGACAUUCUGAGGAAGCAGUGGCCCUUAACACGCGUGUGCAAAACAUUCCCUUCUGCCGAUGGCCUCGUGCGCGAAGUGGAAGUUUGUGUGGUGAAGGACAGUACUCGAACAUUUUUUGUGAGACCCAUCCAUAAACUUGUGCCCCUUGUGAUUUCUUGA